AUGGCUUGUCAAAUGGGAUCCAUGAAUCUGCAGUGGAGAUUAUCAGUUAUAGAGAAUGAAGGUUCAAAAAGAUCAUUUACACCCUUUGCAACUUCUAGAAUCUACCGAUGUUGUUGUGAGUCAAGUUUAAGUGGCGUAACUCCAAACGUUGGCAUGAACUCUUCCUCUUUUUCUCAGAGCCGUUUCCUGGGAAGAAGAGCCGGGUGGAAAGUAGUGUUAGCCUUGAACACAGAUGGAUUGUCGGGUAACGAUGAGCAACAAAGCCUCAACGAUUCUGGUUCCAGUUUUGGUGGCACUCGAUUGGGUAGGAUACUGAGUGCAGGUGGCAGACAACUUCUUGAUAAGCUGAAUUCAGCUAGAAAGAACUUCCCUAUGAAAAUAUUCCUGGUACUUUUGGGUUUCUACACGGCAAAUGCGCUUGCUACAAUCCUUGGUCAAACCGGGGAUUGGGAUGUUCUGGUUGCCGGUAUUGUAGUGGCAGCAAUAGAGGGAAUCGGUAUGCUAAUAUAUAAAAAUCCAGCUACUAGGACUGGGAGGUUGCAGUCUUUUCUAGUUAUGGUGAACUACUGGAAAGCAGGCAUAUGUUUGGGCCUCUUUGUAGAUGCUUUCAAGCUAGGCAGCUAA